AUGCCCUCUGCAUCUUUGUUAGUAAAUCUUCUUUCAGUGUUACUCAUCCCUUUUGUAUUUGGAGAAACAGAAAUAAGGUUUGCUGGACAAACAGAAUUUGUUGUUAAUGAAACAAGCACAACCGUUAUUCGUGUUAUCAUUGAAAGAAUAGGAGAGCCGGCAAAUGUUACUGCACUUGUAUCGCUGCAUGGGGAAGAUACUGGCGACUUUUUUGACACAUAUGCUGCAGCUUUUAUACCUGCUGGAGAAACAAACAGGACAGUGUACAUAGCAGUGUGUGACGAUGACCUGCCAGAGCCGGAUGAGACUUUUACUUUUCACUUAACAUUACAGAAACCUUCAGCAAACCUGAAGCUUGGUUGGCCAAGGACUGUUACUGUAACAAUACUAUCAAAUGACAAUGCAUUUGGAGUUAUUUCAUUUAAUAUGCCCUCAUCAGUCACAGCGAGGGAGCCCAGGGGCAGAAACGAGUCUGUGCCUCUCACUCUCAUCAGGGAGAAGGGGACCUAUGGGACGGUCACUGUAGCCUUUGAGGUAGAAGGUGGCCCAAACCCCCCUGAAGAAGAUUUGAGUCCAAUUAGCGGAAAUAUCACUUUCCCCCCAGGCAGAGCAACAAUAACUUACAACUUGACAGUGCUUGAUGAUGAGGUACCAGAGAAUGAUGAAAUAUUUUUGAUUCAACUCAAAAGUGUAGAAGGAGGAGCUGAGAUUAACAUCUCUAGGAAUUCAGUUGAGAUCAUCAUCAAGAAAAAUGAUGCUCCCGUGAGGUUCUUCCAGAGCAUUUAUUUGGUAUCUGAGGAUGAUCACACGCUUACAAUUCCAGUGGUUCGUGGAAAGGAUAACAAUGGAAAUCUGAUUGGAUCUGAUGAAUAUGAAGUUUCAAUCAGAUACACAGUUAUCACUGGGAAUUCAACAGCACAUGCCCAGCAAAAUUUAGACUUCAUUGAUCUUCAACCAAAUGCAACUAUUGUUUUUCCACCUUUUGUUCAUGAGUCACAUCUGAAAUUUCAAAUAGUUGAUGAUGCCAUACCAGAGAUUGCUGAGUCCUUUCACAUUGCGUUACUGAAGGGUACCUUACAGGGAGAUGCUGUGCUAAUAGGGCCUUCUGUCGUGCAAGUCACCAUUAAGCCAAAUGACAAACCUUAUGGCGUCCUCUCUUUCAACAGUAUCCUGUUUGAAAGGCCAGUUAUAAUCAAUGAAGAUACCACAUCAAGAUUUGAAGACAUUUCAGUGGUUAGAAAUGGUGGCACCCAUGGGGAUGUCUCUGUGAGCUGGGUGUUGACACGGAAUAGCAGUGACCCCUCACCGGUGACCGAUGACAUCAGGCCAAGCUCUGGGGUUCUCCACUUCGCCCAAGGGCAGAUGUCGGCCUCGGUUUCUUUGACCGUCAUUGAGGACGACCUCCCGGAAGAGGCUGAAGCUUAUCUACUUAGAAUCCUGCCCCACACUACCCGAGGCGGUGCCGAAGUGAGCGAACCAGCGGAGCUUUUGUUCUACAUCCAGGACAGUGAUGAUGUUUAUGGAUUGAUAACAUUUUUUCCUAUGGAAAACCAAAGGAUUGAAAGCAGUCCGGGUGAACGGUGCUUGUCCUUGAGUUUUACAAGACUAGGCGGAACUAAAGGAGAUGUGCGGGUGCUCUAUUCUGCACUCUACAUUCCUCCUGGAGCUGUGGACCCUUUGAGAGCGAAAGAUGGCAUCUUAAAUACAUCCAGGGGAAACAGCCUCAUCUUCCCAGAGCAUAAAACCCAAGUUGUGAAAAAAUUACCAAUAAGAAAUGAUGCAUUCCUUCAAAAUGGGGCCCACUUCCUAGUGCAGUUGGAAACUGUGGUUUUGCUGAACAUAUUUCCUCCAAUUCCACCUGUAAGUCCUAGAUUUGGGGAAAUCCAAAAUACUUCUUUAUUGGUUACUCCAGCCAUUGCAAAUGGAGAAAUUGGCUUUAUUAGCAAUCUUCCGAUCAUUUUGCAUGAACCAGAAGACUCUGCGACUGAAGUGGUAUAUGUUCCUCUGCAUCGGGAUGGAACUGAUGGCCAGGCUACUGUCUACUGGAGUUUGAAGCCCUCUGGCUUUAAUUCACAAGCAGUCACCAUGGAUGAUAUCGGUCCCUUUAAUGGCUCUGUUGCAUUUUUAUCUGGGCAAAGUGACACAACAAUCAACAUUACUGUCAAAGGCGAUGACAUACCAGAAAUGAAUGAAACUGUAACACUUUCUUUAGACAGGGUAGAGACUGAAAGAUUUGUCGUGUAUUUUGGGGUUAAUGUAGAAAAUGAGGUGCUGAAAUCUGGGUAUACUAGUCGUGACCUGAUUAUUUUGGAAAAUGAUGAUCCUGGGGGAGUUUUUGAAUUUUCUCCUGCUUCCAGAGGGCCCUAUGUUAUACCUGAAGGAGAAUCUGUAGAGCUCCACAUUAUCCGAUCCCAGGGAGCUCUUGUAAAGCAGUUUCUCUACUACCGAGUAGAGCCAAGAGAUAGCAGUGAAUUCUAUGGAAACAUGGGGGUACUGGAAUUCAAACCCACGGAAAGGGAAGUAGUGAUCACCUUGCUCUCGAGACUGGAUGGCAUACCUGAGCUGGAUGAGCACUACCGGGUGGUCCUCAGCAGCCACGGAGAAAGGGAAAGCAAGCUGGGAAGUGCUACAGUUGUCAACAUAACGAUUCUAAAGAACGACGACCCUCACGGGGUCGUGGAGUUUGUUUCUGAUGGUCUCACUGUGACAAUAAAUGAAAGCAAAGGAGACGAUAUCUAUAGUGCUGUUUUUGGUGUAAUAAGAAAUCGAGGUGGCUUUGGUGAUAUUGGCAUAUCAUGGGUGGUUAUUCCUGACUUUACACAAGAUGUAUUUCCUGUGCAAGGGACUAUUUUCUUUGGCGAUCAGGAGUAUUCAAAAAAUAUCACCGUAUACUCCCUUCCAGAUGAGAUUCCAGAGGAAAUGGAGGAAUUCACCGUUAUGUUACUUUAUGCAACUGGAGGAGCUAAAGUGGGAAAUAAAACAACUGCAGCUCUGAGGAUUAGAAGAAAUGAUGACCCUAUUUAUUUUGCAGCACCUCGUGUAGUCCGGGUUCAGGAAGGGGAUACUGCUAACUUCACCGUCCUCAGAAAUGGAUCUGUGGCUGUCACCUGCUCUGUCCAGUAUGCUGCCAUGGAUGGGACGGCUACUGCCAAAGAGGGAGACUUUGUUCCUGCUGAGAAAGGAGAAACCCUUGUGUUUGAGGUUGGAAGUAGAGAGCAGAGCGUAUCUGUGUAUGUGAAUGAAGAUGGUAUCCCAGAAACAGAUGAGUCCUUCUAUAUAAUCCUUUUCAAUUCAACAGGUGACACAGUAGUAUAUCAGUAUGGAAUGGCUACUGUCAUAAUUGAAGCUAAUGAUGACCCAAAUGGUAUUUUUUCUCUGGAGCCCAUGGACAAAACAGUAGAAGAAGGAGAGACUAACACAUUUUGGAUUUUGAGGCACCGAGGAUGCUUUGGAAAUGUGUCUGUGGGCUGGCAGCUGUUUCAGAAUGAUUCUGCUCUGCAGCCUGGACAGGAGUUCUAUGACACUUCAGGGGCCGUUCACUUCAUGGCUGGAGAGGAAGCAAAACCAGUAAUUCUUCGUGCUUUUCCAGACAGUAUUCCCGAAUUCACUGAAUUUUAUAUUCUAAAGCUCAUAAACAUUUCAGGUGGGUCCCCAGGUCCUGGGGGCCAACUAGCAAAAAUUAACCUUCAGGUGACAGUAAUGAUUCCAUUCAAUGAUGAUCCCUUUGGGAUUUUCAUCUUGGACCCAGAGUGUUUAGAGAGAGAAGUGGCAGAAGAUGUCCUUUCAGAAGACGAUAUGUCUUAUAUUACCAACUUCACCAUUUUGAGACAACAGGGCAUCUUUGGUGAUGUACGAGUAGGCUGGGAAAUAUUGUCCAGUGAGUUUACUGCUGGUUUGCCACCAAUGGUGGACUUUUUACUGGUUGGAAUUUUCCCGAGCAAUGUGCAGUUACAACCACAUAUGAGACGUCACCAUAGUGGAACAGAUGCUUUGUACUUCAGUGGACAAGAGGGUGCUUUUGGAACUGUUAAUCCAAAAUACCAUCCCUCUAGGAAUAACACAAUUGCAAACUUUACAUUUUCAGCCUGGGUAAUGCCUAAUGCUAGAACAAAUGGAUUUAUCAUAGCAAAGGAUGAUGGUAAUGGAAGCAUCUACUAUGGGGUAAAAAUUCAAACAGAUGAAUCCCAUGUGACACUUUGCCUUCAUUAUAAAACUCUGGGAUCCAAUGCUACAUACAUCGCCAAGACAACAGUCAUGAAAUAUUUAGAAGAAGGUGUUUGGCUUCAUCUUCUGAUUAUCCUGGAUGAUGGUAUAAUUGAAUUCUACCUGGAUGGAAAUGCAAUGCCCAGAGGAAUCAAAAGUCUGAAAGGAGAAGCCAUAACUGAUGGUCCUGGGAUACUGAGAAUUGGGGCUGGCAUGAACGGCCGUGACAGAUUUACAGGUGUGAUGCAGGACGUGAGGGCCUAUGAGCGGAAACUGACCCGGGAGGAGAUUUAUGAACUUCAUGCUGUGCCUGCGAAGAAUGAUUUACACCCUAUUUCUGGAUAUCUGGAGUUCAGGCAGGGAGAAACCAACAAAUCAUUUAUAGUUUCUGCAAGAGAUGACAAUGAAGAGGAAGGAGAAGAAUUAUUCAUUCUUAAACUAGUUUCUGUGAAUGGAGGAGCUCACAUUUCUGAAGAAAAUACGACGGCAAGAUUAGUAAUACAAAAGAGUGACAAUGCCAAUGGCCUGUUUGGUUUCACAGGAGGCUGUAUACCAGAGAUGGCAGAGGAGGGCUCUACCAUUUCAUGUGUGGUGGAGCGCACGAGAGGAGCCCUGGACUACGUGCAUGUGUUUUACACCAUCUCACAGAUCAAAUCUGAUGGCAUCAAUUACCUUGUGGACGAUUUUGCUAACGCCAGUGGGACUGUCACCUUCCUUCCUUGGCAGAGAUCUGAGGUCCUGAAUAUACAUGUUCUCGACGAUGAUAUUCCUGAGCUUAAUGAGUAUUUUCGGGUGACUCUGGUUUCUGCAGUCCCGGGAGAUGGGAAACUGGGUUCAACUCCCACCAGUGGCGCAAGCAUAGAUCCUGCGAAGGAAACCACAGAUAUCGCCAUCAAAGCCAGCGAUCAUCCCUAUGGCUUGCUGCAGUUCUCCACAGAGCGACCUCCCCUGCUGGAGGACGCCAUGAGCCUGCCCGCCAGCAGCGUGCCGCACAUCACUGUGCAGGAGGAGGACGGAGAAGUCAAGUUACUGGUUGUUCGUGCACAGGGCCUCCUGGGAAGGGUGGCUGCGGAAUUUAGAAGCGUGUCCUUGACGGCAUCCAGUCCGGAGGACUACCAGAGUGCUGCUGGCACAUUAGAGUUUCAACCAGGAGAAAGAUAUAAAUAUGUUUUUGUCAACAUCACUGAUAAUUCUAUCCCUGAGCUGGAAAAGUCUUUUAAAGUUGAGUUGUUAAACUUAGAGGGAGGAGUGGCUGAGAUCUUUAGGGUUGAUGGCAGUGGUAGUGGUGAUGGGGACGUGGAACCCUUCCUCCCACCUGUCCACAGACGUGCCAGCCUAGGAGUAGCUUCCCAGAUCCUGGUGACUAUCGCAGCCUCUGACCAUGCCCAUGGCGUGUUCCAGUUUAGCCCAGAGUCGCUCUUUGUCAAUGGAACUGAACCAGAAGAUGGGUACAGCACUGUUUUGUUAAAUGUGGUAAGGACUCAUGGAGCGCUGUCCCAGGUGACUUUGCACUGGGACAUAGACUCAGACCCUGAUGGCGAUCUUGCUGUCACGUCUGGAAACGUCACCUUCGAGAUUGGGCAGACGCGUGCCCACAUCACAGUGGAAAUCCUGCCAGAUGAGGACCCUGAGCUGGAUAAGGCAUUCUCAGUGUCGAUCCUCCGUGUCUCCAGUGGCUCCUUGGGCGUUCACACCAGUGCCACGUUAGUAGUGUUGGCCAGUGAUGAUCCUUAUGGGGUACUCAUUUUUUCUGAGGAAUAUAGACCUCUCAGAGUGGAGGAAGUGACCCGAAAUGUCACAUUAUCCAUCAUCAGGUUGAAAGGCCUCCUGGGGACGGUCAGAGUCUCCUAUGCGACACUAGAUGAUACGGAAAAACCACCUUAUUUUCCACCUAAUUUAGCCAGAGCUACUCAAGGAAGAGACUAUGUAUCAGCUUCUGGAUUUGCUCUUUUUGUGGCUAAUCAGAGUGAAGCGAGAAUAACUAUCUCGGUUUUGGAUGAUGAUGAACCAGAAAGGUCGGAGUCUGUGUUUAUUCAGCUACUCAGUUCAGCUUUAGUGGAGAAAGUACAGAAUCGCCCAGUUCCAAACUCUCCUCGCCUUGGGCCUCAGGUGGAAACGGUAGCCCAUCUAAUUAUCCUGGCCAACGAUGAUGCCUUUGGAACUCUUCAGCUCUCGGCACCAGUUGUUCGAGUGGCCGAAAGUCACACUGGACCCAUCAUCAGUGUGACUCGAACAGGAGGGGCCUUUGCAGAUGUUUCUGUGAAGUUUAAAGCCGUGCCGUUGACUGCGAUUGCUGGUGAAGAUUACAGUGUAGCUUCAUCAGAUGUGGUCUUGCUGGAAGGGGAAACCAGUAAAGCUGUGCCAAUAUAUAUCAUUAAUGACAUCUACCCUGAGCUGGAGGAAUCUUUCCUUAUUCAACUGCUGAAUGAAACGACGGGAGGAGCCACGCUCGGGGCAUUAAGGGAGGCGAUUAUUAUUAUCGAGGCUUCCGACGACCCCUAUGGACUAUUUGGUUUUCAGAUUACUAAACUUAUUGUAGAGGAACCUGAGUUUAACUCAGUGAAGGUAAACCUGCCAAUAAUUCGAAAUUCUGGGACACUCGGCAAUGUUACUGUACAGUGGGUUGCCACCAUUAAUGGACAGCUUGCUACUGGCGACCUGCGAGUUGUCUCAGGUAAUGUGACCUUUGCCCCUGGGGAAACCAUUCAAACCUUGUUGUUAGAGGUCCUGCCUGACGACGUUCCGGAGAUCGAAGAGGUUAUUCAAGUGCAACUAACUGAUGCCUCCGGUGGAGGUACUGUUGGGUUAGAUCGAGUGGCAAGUAUUAUUAUCCCCGCCAAUGACAACCCUUACGGUACGGUAGCCUUUGUCCAGUCGGUUUAUCGUGUCCAAGAGCCCCUGGAGAGAAGUUCCUGUGCUAACAUAACUGUCAGGAGAAGCGGAGGGCUCUUUGGCCGGCUGCUGUUGUUAUACAGUACUUCUGACAUUGACGUAGUGGCCCACGCAGUUGAGGAAGGUCAGGAUUUACUGUCCUACUACGAGUCGCCAGUUCAAGGGCUUCCUGACCCUCUUUGGAGGACUUGGGUGAACGUCUCGGCCCUGGGGGAGCCCCGGUACACCUGUGCCACUCUGUGCCUCCGAGAGCAGGCCUGCUCGGCCUUUUCCUUUCUCAGUGCUGCUGAGGGUCCACAGUGCUUUUGGAUGACGUCGUGGAUCAGCCCAACUGUCAACAGUUCAGACUUCUGGACCUACAGGAAAAACAAGACCAGGGUGGCGUCUCUGUUUAGUGGUCGGGCUGUGGCCGGCAUUGACUACGAGCCUGUGACAAGGCAGUGGGCCAUGAUGCUGGAAGGUGACGAGUUUGCAAAUCUCACAGUGUCCAUUCUUCCUGAUGAUUUUCCAGAAAUGGACAAGAGUUUCCUCAUUUCUCUCCUCGAAGUUCACCUCAUGAACAUCACUGCCAGUUUUAAAAGUCCGCCAACCAUCGGCCAGCCAAAUACUUCUACAGUUGUCAUAGCACUCAAUGGUGAUGCCUUUGGAGUGUUUGUGAUAUUCAGCAUCAGCCCCAACACCUCCGAAGAUGGCUCACUCGUGGACGUUCAGGAACAGCCGCAAACCUUGGUGGAGCUGAUGAUCCACAGGACAGGAGGCAGCUUAGGUCAGGUGAUUGUGGAAUGGAGAGUUGUUGGUGGAUCGGCCACUGAGGGUUUGGAUUUUAUAGGUGCUGGAAACAUUCUGACUUUUGCUGAAGGUGAAACCAAAAAGACAGCCAUUCUGACCAUUUUGGAUGAUGCCGAGCCGGAAGACGAUGAAAGCAUCAUAGUUAGUCUGGUGCACACCGAGGGUGGAAGCAGGAUUUUGCCCAGCUCGGACACUGUUAGAGUGAACAUCUUAGCUAACGACAACGUGGCGGGAAUUGUUAGCUUUCAGACAGCUUCCAGGUCUGUCAUAGGUCAUGAAGGAGAAAUUUUGCAAUUCCAUGUGAUAAGAACACCUCCUGGUCGAGGAAAUGUUACUGUUGACUGGAAAAUUAUUGGGCAAAAUGUUGAACUCAGUUUUGCUAACCUUACUGGACAACUCUUCUUUCCUGAGGGGACAUUGAACGCAACAAUAUUUGUACAUCUCCUGGAUGACAGCAUUCCGGAGGAGGAGGAAGUAUACCAGGUCAUUCUGGAUGACGUCAGCACACAAGGGGUUCCACCAGCAGGAAUCGCUCUUCUGGACACUCAAGGACAUGCCGCUGUCUUGACGAUCGAAGCCAGUGAUGAACCACAUGGAGUUUUAAAUUUUGCUCUUUCAUCCAGAUUUGUUUUACUACAGGAGGCUAACAUGACCGUUCAGCUUUUCAUCAACCGAGAAUUUGGAUCUCUAGGGGCCAUCAAUGUCACAUACACCACUGUGCCUGGAAUAUUGAGUCUGAAGAAUCAAAUGGAAGGAAACCUAGCCGAGCCAGAAGUUGAUUUCAUCCCGGUAGUUGGCUUUCUGAUUUUAGAAGAAGAGCAAACGGCAGCAGCCAUCAACAUUACUAUACUUGAGGAUGACAUACCAGAGCUGAAAGAGUACUUCCUGGUGAAUUUAACUUCUGUCGAACUCAUCAUGGCUCCUUUAACUUCAUUUCCUCCCAGACUAGAUACAGAAGGCUUGACCGCACAAAUUAUUAUUGAUGCCAACGAUGGUGCCCGAGGUGUAAUCGAGUGGCAGCGCAGCAGGCUUGAAGUAAGCGAAUCCCACGGAAGUGUGACCUUGGCCACCCAGAGGAGCCGAGAGGCUCUGGGACAGGUGUCCUUGUUCGUGUAUGCACAGAAUUUGGAAGCCCAGCUGGGGCUGGAUUACCUCUUCUCCCCAGUGAUUCUUCAUUUUGCUGAUGGAGAAAGGUAUAAAAAUGUAGACUUUGUGAUUCUGGAUGAUGAUAUUCCAGAAGGGGAUGAAAAAUUUCAGCUCAUAUUAACAAAUCCUUCUCCUGGACUGGAGCUGGGGAAAAAUACAAUAGCCCUGGUCACCAUCCUUGCUAACGACGAUGGCCCCGGAGUCCUGUCCUUCAACAGCAGCGAGCACCUCUUCCUGAGGGAGCCAGCGGCCGCCUCCGCGCAGGAUAGCGAGGCGGUGCUCUACGUGGUCCGGGCGCCGGCACACGGGCUGUUCGGGACGGUGACCGUGCAGUUCGUCGUGACCGAGGCCAACUCCUCAGCGGAGUCCCAGGACCUGACCCCUUCCCGGGGCUACGUUGUUUUAGAGGAAGGAGUUGGAUUCAAGGCCCUACACAUAUCUGCCAUAUUAGACACAGAACCAGAAAUGGAUGAGCAUUUUGUUUGCACCUUGUUUAACCCAACUGGAGGUGCUAGACUGGGGUCGCACAUUCAAACCCUGAUAACGGUUUUGCAAAACCAGGCCCCUCUGGGGCUAUUCAGUAUCUCUGCUGUUGAAAAUAGGGCCACCUCUAUUAACACAGAAGAAGCCAACAAGACUGUAUACUUAAAUGUAUCGCGUACUAACGAUGUUGAAUUAGCUGUGAGUGUGCAGUGGGAAACAGUAUCUGAAACAGCCUUUGGCAUGAGAGGAAUGGAUGUUGUCUUUUCCACAGUUCAAAGUUUUUUGAACGAGUCAGCUUCUGGCUGGUGUUUCUUCACUUUGGAAGAUUCAGUACAUGGUAUAAUGUUAAGAAAAUCAUCAUUUACUCUAUAUCGAUGGCAAGGGAUUUUUCUUCCACUUGAGGAUGUAAAUAUAGAAAAUCCUAAAAUGUGUGAGGCCUUUCAAAUUGGUCUUUCCCCCUACUUCGUGAUCACUCAUAAAGAAAGAAAUGGAGAAAAGCCUUCUGCUAAUAGUGUGUAUACAUUAACAUCUGGAUUCAGAUUAUUCUUGGUUCAAACAAUUACUAUUUCAGAAAGUUCCCAAGUAAAACAUUUUACUUCAGACAAUCAAGAUUAUUUAAUUGUUGCAAGUCAAAGAAAUGAUUCCGAAUUAACUCAGGUCUUCAGGUGGACGGGAGGCAGCUUCACGCCAUAUCAGAAGCUCUCUGUGCGCCAGGUGCUGGCCGCGGCUGUGUUCCCCCAGGGCGGCUCUGUGUUCCUGGCCCUUUCCCAGGCGGAUGCCACCUUUGUGCUCCGAUGGUCCGAAGGUGGCUUUGCUACAUCUCAAGAGCUGCCUGUCAACGGGACUACACAACUUGAGGCUUUGUCUUCGGGCAAUGAUGUUUACUUAAUUGUUGCCAAAAAUAUCUCUCUAGGCAAUCAGAACUCCGUUGAGAUUUUCGUCUGGGAGACAGGGCAGCCUUCAUUCAGGUUUUUCCAGUCCCUGGAUUUUGCCCCUGUGAACAGAAUCCAUUCCUUCACACCAGCGUCGGGAAUAGCCCACGUAUUUCUGGCUGGCCCAGAGGCGUCCGCUCUUUACAGCUGGGAUUCGGGGCGGAACCGGUUCUGUCUCCUGCUGGAAGCCCCUUGUGCUCACGCCGUGGCGUCCGCCACAGUGAGGUCUCUCAACUCGAGCAAGAGCGUGGUGUGGGUGGCCGGCGCGCCCCACGCUCGCGUGCUGGAGCUGGCCCGCGUCUCCAGCCAGUCCGACUUCGUCCCCAGUUCAGGGGAACUGAUAUUUGAGCCUGGAGACCGAGAGGCUCUAAUCGCAGUGGACAUCCUGGACGAUGCGGUUCCCGAAGAGGAGGAGUCCUUCAGGGUUCAGCUUAAAAACCCCACACGCGGGGCAGAGAUUGGGAUUCACGACUCCGUGACAAUAACGAUUCUGUCUAAUGACGAUGCCCACGGAGUGAUCGCGUUUGCCCAGAAUUCAUUAUAUAAACAGGUGGAAGAAAUGGAGAAAGACAGCCUAAUCACCUUGAAUGUCGAGCGCUUAAAGGGAACAUACGGUCGUGUGACGGUAGCGUGGGAAGCCGACGGAAGUGUUGGUGGUGUAUUUCCUACCUCAGGAGUGAUUUCAUUUGCCGAAGGCGAGGCACUGUCUACAAUCACUCUGACUGUUCUUGCUGACAACACGCCAGAGUUAUCAGAGGUCGUGACCGUGACCCUCACCCGCAUUACCACGGAGGGUGUGGAGGACACGUCCAGAGGUGCCACUGUCGAUCUGCAAAGAAACAAGUCCGUGAUCGCCACUCUGCCCAGCGACUCCCCCUAUGGGCUGGUGGGCUGGCACUCGGGCUCUCUCCUCACUAGGGUGGCAGAACCUGCAGAGAACAUCACUGUUCUUCUGUUACAAAUUGUUCGAGAUAAAGGACUAUUUGGAGACAUUGCCAUUCACUUGACAGCUAAACCUAAUUUCUUACUGCACAUCAAUAAUCAAGCUACUGAGAAUGAAGAUUAUGUAUUACAAGAAACAAUAAUAAUAAUGAAAGAAAACAUAAAAGAAACUCAUGCCAAAGUUGCCAUUUUGCCAGAUGAUGCUCCUGAGCUGGAAGAAGGCUUUGUGGUCUCCAUCACAGAGGUGAGCCUUGUCAGCUCUGGCUUCUCUGCGGAGCCGCCCCGUGUGCGGAGACCUGGACUGGAAAUGGCUGAGGUGGUGAUCGAAGAAAAUGAUGAUCCCAGGGGUGUCUUUACGUUUCAGGUCUCCAGGGACGCUGGUGGCGCUGUGGCCGCCCACGAGCUGCCGCCGCCCUUGAACGUCCUCCUGGUUCCUGUGGUGCGGCUGGCCGGAAGCUUUGGCGUGGCGAGCGUUCACUGGACGGCUGUGCCGGGCAGCGCUGGCUCCGAGGACUUCGCACCGCCGCAGGGGACGCUGUACUUCGCAGAUGGCCAAGUCACCGCAGUGAUAGAAAUCACCAUAAUCGAUGAUGCUGAUCAUGAGCUCAUGGAGAUGUUCAGCGUCUCCUUGACCAGUGUGUCUGGAGGCGGCACACUUGGUGACGAUGUUGCCUUAACUGUUGUUAUUCCACAAAAUGAUUCUCCAUUUGGAGUGUUCGGAUUUGAAAAACAAACUGUAAUGGUUGAUGAGUCCCUUGGGUCUGAUGACCCCGAUUCCCGUGUGACAUUGACGGUGGUCCGGUCCCCGGGAGGAGAAGGAGCUGUCCAGCUUCAGUGGGCAGUGGAGGAUAAAGCCAGGCAUGAUCUCAGCCCUCUGAAUGGGAUACUUCACUUCGCUGAGAUGGAGUCCCAGAAGACCAUCGUCCUGAACACACUCCCAGACGCCACGUGGGAUGAGGACAGACACUUCACCAUUCAGCUGACGGCAGCUGAUGAGGUAGAAAUAUCUCCAGUAAAAGGGAGAGCGUCGAUAAUCAUCCGAGGAGAGAAGGCAGCAGCAGGGGAAGUUGGGAUCGCUCCGUCCUCCAGGCACGUGCUCAUCGGGGAGCCCUCAGCCACGUACGACGGCACUGCCUUCAUCAGCCUCGUCCGCGGCCCUGCCCUCUCAGGGGAGGUGGCAGUGUGGUGGAGAAUCUUCCCUGCCUCUGUGGAGGAGUUUGUCGAGACUUCAGGGAAGUUGACCAUGCAGGAUGGACAGUCGCUGGCCACUGUGAUCAUACAGGCUCUGAACGACAGCAUCCCUGAGGAGAAGCGUUUCUACGAGUUCCAGCUCACAGGCGUCAGUGAGGGCGCAGGGCUGAGCCCCUCCAGCCACACAGCCAAUAUCACCAUGGUGGCCAGCGACGCCCCCUAUGGCCGUUUUGCCUUUUCCCAGGAGCAGCUCCAGGUGUCAGAGGAAGUGCAGAGGGUAAACAUCACAGUCGCCCGGGUGGGCGGCUGCUUCGGCCUGGUGAGGCUGUGGUUCGAGACGGUGGGCGGCACGGCGAACGCAGGCGAGGAUUUUCUCCCUGUUUCCGGGCAGCUCCUCUUCAAGGCCGGAGAGACGGCACGAGGUCUGCAGGUUGAGAUCCUUGACGAUGCCCAUCCUGAAGGCCCUGAGGAGUUUACUGUAGCAAUCAUGAAGGUGGAGAUCCAGGGAAGAGGGUAUGAUUUUACCAUCCAAGAAAAUGGACUUCAGAUAGAUCAACCUCCCGAAAUAGGAAACAUCUCCACUAUUCGAAUCAUAAUAAUGAAAAAUGAUAACGCAGAGGGCAUCAUUGAAUUUGACCCUAAGUAUACAACCUUCCAAGUGGAGGAAGACGUGGGCACGGUGGCGAUUCCAGUGGUGAGGCUACGCGGGACCUACGGUCGUGUAGCAGCUGACUUCGUGGCUCGGAGCCCAUCUGCUGUCCCUGGAGGCGUGGAUCACAUACUGCACAGCGCCUCGGUCACCUUCCAGCAUAGGCAGAACCUCAGCUUCAUACACGUCUUGGUCGAGGGUGGCAAAGGGAGCGGCUCCCAGGGCCCCCUGGAGGUCCUCCUCACCCGGGCCACAGGCGGCGCGCUCCUGGGGCACCACCUCCUGAGCAGGAUCGUGGUGGCUCCCAGCCGCUCUCCCUCUGGCGUGGUGCGGUUCCUUAAUGAGAGCAGCAUCUCCCUUGCCAGCCCGGACUCCACGACGCUGCUCCCCUUGGUGCUGGAGCGCAGCGGAGGGCUCCUGGGCGAGGUCCAGGUAGCUUGGGACAUCGUGGGCCCCAGCUCCGAGGACGCCCUGUCACCAGAGGACGGGCUCAUCCGCCCGGUGAGCGGAGCCUUGGCUUUCGCAGAAGGCGAGGGCGGCCUGAGGACUGUCCUUCUGACCAUAGACCCUCACAGAGCCACUGGAGUCGAAGGCACUUUCAUAAUUAGACUGAAACUUGCGAAAGGAGAAGCUAAAUUAGACACCAGAGCUAACGCCGUUACAUUAGUGAUACGAAAGCUUGGUGGUCCGAAUGGAGUUAUUUCUUUUGUCCCUGAGUCCACCUCUGGGAAGAUCUACUCAGAGCCACUGGCCGAGGAAGGGCCUCUGGUCAUCACUUUCUUUGUCAAGAGAAUCAAGGGAACCUUUGGAGAAAUUACGGUUUACUGGGAAUUACGUAGUGAGUUUGAUACCACUGGGGACUUUCUUUCCACAAAUGGCUCUUUCACUGUCGCUGACGGAGAGAGCGAUGCGAGCUUUGAUGUUCACCUGCUGCCCGACGAUACCCCCGAGGUGGAGGAAGCCUACGCCGUCCAGCUGCUCUCCGUAGAGGGUGGAGCGGAGCUGGACCUGGACAGCAGCACUGCGUGGUUCUCCGUGUCGGCCAACGACGACCCGCAUGGAGUGUUUGCCCUGUACCCCGAGCACCAGUCCGUACUCACUGGACCGGACCUUGCUCGGUCCCUCCAAGUCAAUGUGAGCCGGCUGGCUGGGGCCUUUGGAGAUGUGGCCGUUACCUUUCGGAUAUUGUCUGAGCAUACAGAGCAGCCAGUUGCAACUGAAAAUGCAGAGAGGCAGCUGGUGGUCGAAGACGGGGUGACGUACAAAGUGGCCACGGUGCCGAUGAGGAGUCAGGUCUUUCUGCCCCUGGGCUCCAAUUUCACCGUGCAGCUGGUGACUGUGAUGCUUGUUAGUGGACAUUUCCACGGCAGGCCAACAAUUCUGCAGGAAGCCGGGUCAGCUGUCUUUCCCGUCCCUGAGAACGCUGCCAAUUCUCAGGUUGGAUUUGAAUCCACUGCUGUGUGGCUCUCGGACGUGGCUGCUGGCUGGAGCCAGUUGACCAUCUGCAGGAAGGGCACCUACGGUUCACUCACAGUGACCUGGACCACUGGCUACGCCCCGGGGUGGGAAGUCCCUGAGUCCGUGCUCACUGGUAACAUGACCCCUUCGCUGGGGAGCCUUUCCUUUGCCCACGGGGAAGGGAGGAAGCGCGUGUCACUGCGGACCUUUCCCAGCCCCGGCCGGAUUGAGGCCUUCGCCAUCCACCUGUCGGGAGUGCACAGCAGCGCCCCUGGCGGCGCUCGGCUUCGACCUGGUUUCACGGUUGCUGAAAUUGAACCGAUGGGAAUCUUCCAGUUCUCCCCUAGUUCAAGGAAUAUCACGGUGUCAGAGGAUGUGCGUCGGAUCAGACUGCGGCUGCAGAGGCUGUAUGGGUUCCACGGGGAUCUUAUUAAGGUCUCCUAUGAGAUGGCAGAGGGAAGCGCCCAGCCGGUGGAGGACUUUGAGCCGAUUCAGAGUGGGGAAGUGUUCUUUCACAAAUUCCAAGCCGAGGUUGACUUUGAGAUAACCAUUACUAAUGAUCGGAUUCCUGAGAGGGAAGAGGUUUUUUACAUUAAUCUCACUUCUGUAGAAGCGAGGGGACUGGAAAAGUUGGAUGUCAGUUGGAGACCCCGCCUGAACCUCAAUCUCAGUGUGGCAAUGAUCACAAUACUGAAUGAUGAUCACCAGGCAGCCAUGGAGGUUUCUGUCCUUACGACAGCUGUGGCUGUGGCAGUUGACACCACGCUCAUCCCUGUAGACAUGGACUCCACCAUGCAUCCCAGCACGGGCAGGAAAACUGCCAUUCCACAGGCAACCGAGACCGUUGCCACUGUCACUGAGGCAGCUGGUAUACCUGCCACCCUCCGCGGGCCAUCCACCGUGCCUGAGAAGCUCGAUGUGGCCAGUGUUUCCCACCAUGGAAUAUUUAGUCUCGGGCCUGCCGUUGUUUAUGUGGAGGAGGAAGCAAAGAACGGCACCCUCAGUGCUGCAGAAAUUCUCAUCCGAAGAACAGGCGGAUUUGCUGGAAAUGUCAGUGUGACCGUGAGAACCUUUGGAGAAAGAUGUGCUCAGAAGGAACCAAAUGCACUGCCCUUUCUGGGCACCUAUGGGAUCGCCAACCUAAGCUGGGCAGCGGAAGGGGAAGACUUCGAGGAGCAAAUGCUGACCCUUCCAUUUCUCGAUGGGGAAGGAGAACGCAGAGUGUCUGUUCCGAUUGUGGAUGACGAGGAGCCCGAGGGGCAGGAGCUCUUCUGUGUGUUUCUUACAGACCCUCAAGGGGGAGCACAGAUCGUGAAGGGAGAGGACGAUGCUGGCUUCACAGCUUUUGCCGUGGUUAUUAUUACAGGGAGCGACCUGCACAAUGGCAUGGUGGGAUUCAGCGAGGGCUCCCAGAGUGGGAUGGAGCUGGGGCCAGGCGCCCAGGAGAGGAGACUGAGCCUUGUGGUCAUGAGGCAGCCAGACAGGGCCUUUGAAGAUGUCCAGGUCCGUUGGCGAGUCUCACUGAACAAGUCAGCUGUCAUUCUCCAGAAAGAAGGUGUAGACCUGAGGGAUGAACUUCUGUAUGUCUCAGGGACCACAACGUGUGCGGCAGGCCAGAUACAAUGCGUCAUCAGCCUGGAGCUCAAACCAGAGAAGGCGCCUCCGGUUGCAAUGCAUCAUUUCUUUGUGGAGCUCUACGGAGUCACCGCUGGAGCAGCGAUAAACAACAGUGCCAGAUUUGCGCGGAUCGGAAUCUCCCGGAGCCGGGAUGCUCAGAGCCUCAUCUCUUUUUCCGUGGGUUCCCGGCUGGCCGUGGCUCAUAGCAAAGCCACGCUCAUCAGUUUGCAGGUGGCCAGAGACUCUGUGGCGAGGCCCACGGUGUCUGUUAACUUCAGCACCCAGGAGUUGCGGAGUGCUGAAACCAUUGGUCGGACUCUCGUAUCUCCAGCUGUUUCUGGGAAGGAUUUUGAGAGAACUGAAGGCAUGCUGCUCUUUGAGCCCGGCCAGAAAAACACUGUGUUGGAUGUCAUCCUAAUGCCAGAGUUGGGGUCUUCAAGUCCCUUUCCUAAGCGCUUUCAGAUUGUGCUUUUUGACCCUAAAGGCGGUGCCAGAAUCGACGAAACGUAUGGGAUUGCCAAUGUCACCCUUGUCUCUGAUGCAGCCUCGCAAGCCAUCUGGGGGCUUGCAGAUCAGCUGCAGCAGCCCCUGGACGGGGAUAUUCUCAGGCGAGUGCUGCAUAGCAUCAGUGUUAAAGUGGCCACCGAGAGCACAGAGGAGCAGCUUAGUGCCACCCUGCAUUUGAUCGAAAAGAUAACUGUUGAAGGCAGAAAUCAAGCUUUCAGUGUUGAAAGCCGAGCUCUCGUCUAUGAGAUUCUUUGUGCUCUUGUUAACCCGGAACGUGAGGACACCAGAGGGUUCAGCCCCUUCACUGCUGUGGCCGAGAGCUUUGCCUUUGCUCUGCUGACUGAUGUUCCCUGUGGCUCUGCUGCUGAGAAAAGCAAAACCAUCCUCGACAGCUGCCCAUACUUGUCAAUAUUGGCUCUUCACUGGGAUCCCCAGCAAAUCAAUGGGCACAAGUUUGAAGGAAAGGAAGGCGAUUAUAUUCAAAUUCCAGAAAGGUUAUUGGAUGCUCCAGAUACAGGAACAGUGCCUGGAGAAAGUGCCUGUAAAUUAGUCCAGUUUACAGAGUAUAGCAGCCAGCAGUGGUUUGUAACUGGAAACAACCUUCCUGCCCUGAAAAAUAAGGUCUUGUCUUUGAGUGUGAAAGGCCAUAGUUCACAAGUCCUGGCUAACAACAAUGAAGUUCUCUACAGGAUUUAUGCUGCUGAGCCCAGAAUUGUUCGUCAGUCGUCUCUCUGUCUCCUUUGGAAUCAGGCUGCUGAAAGCUGGUGGUCUGACAGCCCGCUGUGCAGAGUGGUGGAGGACGCGGCAGACUAUGUGGACUGCGCCUGCUCUCACAUGUCCGUGUAUGCCGUCUAUGCGCAAACGCACAGCCUGUCUGCGUACAAUGAAGCCUUCUUCUCUUCUGGAUUCAUAUGUAUCUCAGGGCUCAGCCUGGCCGUCCUGUCGCAGGUCUUCUGCGCCAGGUGCUCGACGUGCGCGGCGAAGCUCCUGGUGCACAUGAUGGCAGCCGGCCUGGGGACGCAGAUUGCGUUCCUGGCAUCGGUGUACGCAAGUCCCCAGCUCUCGGAGGAGGCCUGCUCGGCCAUCGCUGCUGUCACCCACUACCUGUUCCUCUGCCAGUUCAGCUGGAUGCUCGUCCAGUCGGUGAAUUUCUGGUACGUGCUGGUUCUGAGCGACGAGCACACGGAGCGGCGCUGCCUGCGGUUCCUGCUGCUGGGCUGGGGGCUGCCGGCCCCCGUGGUGAUCCUGCUCGUCCUGGUCCUGCGAGGCCUCGGCCGGCGGAGCAUGGCGCAGACCUACGGGCUCGUCCACGGAGACCUGUGCUCCAUCCCCGACGGGUACGCGGCGCUGUUCUCGGCGGGGCUGGCGCCCCUGGCCUGCCUGGUGGUGGUGUCCGUGGUGUGCCUGCACGCCUACCAGCUGAAGCCGCAGUGGAAGGCCUACGACGACGUGUUCCGAGGGAGGACCAACGCCGCAGAAAUCCCGCUGAUCUUGUAUCUCUUCGCCCUGAUCUCGGUGACGUGGCUCUGGGGCGGCCUGCAUGUGGCCUACAGACACCUCUGGAUGCUGGUUCUCUUCGUCAUCUUCAACAGCCUGCAGGGCCUCUACGUCUUCGUGGUGUAUUUCGUUCUGCACAACCAGACGUGCUGCCCAGGGAAGGCCAGCUACACCGUGGAGAUGAACGGCCGCCCGGGCCCUGGCACCGCUUUCUUCACACCCGGCAGCGGGAUGCCGGCCGCGGGGGAGGAGGUCAGCAAAUCCACGCAGAACCUCAUCAGCGCCAUGGAGGAGGUGCCGCCCGACUGGGAGCGCGCGUCCUUCCAGCAGGCCAGCCCGGCCAGCCCUGACCUGAAGGCGGGCACCGCCUUCCCCUGCCCCGGAGGCUUCAGCCAGGGCUCGCUGAUCGCCGCCGACGAGGAGUCCCGGGAGUUCGACGACCUGAUCUUCGCGCUGAAGACCGGCGCCGGCCUCAGCGUGAGCGACACCGAGUCCGGCCAGGGCAGCCAGGAGGGCGGCGCGCUGAGCGACUCUCAGAUCGUGGAGCUGCGGCGGAUCCCCAUCGCCGACACGCACCUCUGACGCCGGGGAAGUGGGCAGGGGCGGAGGACCGCUGUCCGGUGGGUCGGCCCAGCCCCCGCAGUGCUAGCUCAUCCCCACUUGACUAACCUGGUUUCCUGAAAGUGAUAAUAAAAGCAAUAGAACGCGUUUGCUGUGAUCCGGGCUCAUCAUUUAAAAUGAACGAUCUGUGUUGGGCAAAAAAGCAAAGCCUGCCUAGCUGGGGUCGAG